AUAUUUCUGAGGGUCAGGCGGUAUAGAUAAAUCCGCGGUCACACUGCAUACAAGUAGUCUGUGUUAUACGAAAUUUUAAUUUGCGUUUAAAAUCAAUGAAAAUAGCUUUACAAUUACAUGUCUGCGAACCGCAAUAAGGAUCCUUGCAAAGCGAACGCCUGCCGUAUACAAGCCUGUUUGAACGAAAACAGAUACCAGGAGAAUAAAUGUGCUGACGUUCUCGAGGCUAUGCGCCAAUGUUGUCUAAAGUGGCAUAAGGUAUCGCUUUGUUGCAGUGGAAUCGAUUUGGAAAAACCAUACCUAACAGAAGCAUCCAAAGGUGCCGGCAAGUCGUGAGUUUGAGAUGCACUUUAUGCUUACAAGCCCCCAAAAGACAUUCAAGAGUUGUUAGACAAAAAGGAACAGCAGCCGCCACAA